AGCUCGCCUACAGAAUGUUUCUAUGUCAAAACGACAGGAGAGUAAAUUGGAAAUAAUCCUGUGGACCAGAUAUGCUACCAUGGGCAUUUUUCUGAUGCACUUUGCAACUUUUAUAGUUAUUUCAUAGAGAUACAACUGAUAAGGAUGAAAAGUUAUUUGAUUAAUUUUAAUAGUUUGAAGAACAGAGAAACAAAACAUGGCAUUACAAACUUCGAAUGACACUUCCUUGUCAACAUUCCUGGACUGUCUGCCACGCCUGCAGAGCAAAUCAUCCAUGAACGCAUCUGGAAAUAUGAGCAAGGAAGUUACCAAUACCACCUGUACCAAUGCGUCUGUCAUCACAAAACCACCAUCCGCACGACAAAAAGAGAUGGACUCUGUGCGCAUCCUGCUCUACUCUCUCAUCUUCCUGCUCAGCGUCUUUGGCAACCUUCUGAUCAUUGUGGUCCUGACGGUCAACAAGCGCAUGCGCACGGUCACUAACUCCUUCUUGCUGUCGCUGGCGGUCAGUGACCUGAUGUUGGCUGUCUUCUGCAUGCCCUUCACGCUCAUCCCAAACCUGCUGGAGGACUUCAUCUUCGGAGCCGCCAUGUGUAAAAUGGUCACCUACUUCAUGGCGCUCUCCGUCAGCAUCUCCACCUUCAGCCUGGUCGCCAUUGCGACCGAGAGGUACAGCGCCAUCUGCAACCCGCUGAAGUCGCGGGCAUGGCAGACUCGUUCCCACGCCUACCGGGUCAUCGCUGCCAUCUGGGUGUUGUCGUUGGUCAUGAUGGUGCCCUACCCAGUGUUCAGCAACCUCAAGUCCUUCCCCAAACCCGACCGAACUACGGGCCACAUGUGCCGCCUGGAAUGGCCAAGCGGUGGGGUAGAACAGACGUGGUACAUGCUGUUGCUUUUAAUCUUGUUCUUCAUCCCUGGGGUGGUAAUGAUCGUUGCCUAUGGACUCAUCUCCAGAGAGCUGUGCAGGGGGAUGAAGUUUGAGCUGGACCAAAACAGAGAGAGCAGUGCACUGAAGAACGGAGUAAACACCACCGUGACCAACGACACGGACGAUGAUGGCUGCUACAUCCAGAUGCCGAAGAAGCCACCGUCCAUGGAGCUGUCUACCCUCACCACCCCUACUCCGGCCCCUCCCAAACCCAGAGUGUCCACCGAGCACCCUCGAAGCAAUAGCUCGGAGGCUAAACUCUUGGCCAAGAAGCGCGUGAUCCGCAUGCUCAUCGUCACUGCCGUCCUCUUCUUCCUCUGCUGGAUGCCCCUGUACACGGCCAACACGUGGAAGGCUUUCCACAUCAGCUCAGCCCACCGGCUCCUCUCGGGGGCACCCAUCUCGUUCAUCCACCUGUUGAGCUACACAUCGGCGUGCGUUAACCCCGUUAUCUAUUGUUUUAUGAAUACACGCUUCCGCAAGGCGUUGAUCACCACCUUUGCCCACUGCCGUCCGCCCUGCUGUCGGCGCCGCAGGGGGAGGCGGGGCGGCAGGGAUGAUGAGAUGACAGUGACAGGGACUAUUGGUCCUUCGUCCAUGUCCAAGAUCAGCUUUACCACAGUGAGCACCGCGGGGACCUACUGAUUAUUUGUGAAGGGGAAUAGGGGUACAGUGUCCACAUUAGGACAGCCUCAGUCUCAGCAGGACUUAUUCCUAAUAUGGACCCUGUAUAGGGGGAACACAGGGGGCUGUAGCAUUGGGUACACAGGUAGUUGUGACCAACCGACAGAAUGCUUGGGCGUUUCUUUGCUUGUUUGCUCCUAUCUGAUUAGCUGCAGGUGUUUAUGCUCUUUGUGGAAUACUUUAUUGACUGUCAAGUGUCUGUGGUCUACACUGGGCAUCAUAAAUAUUCAACCCCUUUGGAUUUCUUCACAUUUUAUUGUGAUACAUACUGGGAUUAAAAUUGAUUCAAUUGACCUUUUUGCCAACGAUCUACACAAAACACUCUCACAGAACAUUUUUUAAAGAUUAAUGAAAAUAAAACAUGUAUUCACCCCCCUGAGUCAACACAUGUUACAAACAUCUUUGGCAGCGAUUACAGUUAUUUACAUUUACAUUUAAGUCAUUUAGCAGACGCUCUUAUCCAGAGCGACUUACAAAUUGGUGCAUUCACCUUAUGACAUCCAGUGGAACAGUAGUGCAUCUAAAUCUUUUAAGG